AUGGAGUAUAUUGCAUACACAGAUGCCAAACUUUAGUUUAUUGGAACUCGCAAGCACUUCUUUAGGGAUAAAUAAUAUUACGUGAGUGUUUUUGAGGAUUAUUUUGUCAUGGGCAUUGUAAAUCAUUCCACCCUUAUAAAAUAGACAAGUGAUGCGCAAUCGCCAAAGUACAAAGUCAACAUUGAUCUCAAUAUUAAAUUGAGUUGGGACUUGAAAAAACAGAAAAACAAUAUAAUUAUUUAAUCUUUUGCUUUUCCAUACAACAAUUCAUACAAGACUCUUUAUGCUGACCACAACGAUUUGAUGAAAUUCAAAGAGCUUCUUGGUCUCUCAGUAACAUACGAAGGCAUAGGCGAUCUCUAUAUUCCAAUUUUAUAAAUUGGGAAGGGAAGUUCGGCUAAAUGCUCAAAAUAUUUUGGAUUAAAACACGUAUGCAAUAAAGGCUAUCGAGAAGUCGUUUUUAAACUAAACGGAAAAAGGACAGGGCUUGGUACUUUAACUCGACUUAUGAACUAGGCAGCUUAUAAAAUGGAAGUGCGGAUUCUCAAAAUCCUCUCUCCGUAUUCUUAGAGCUUUCUUAAUUUAAAGGAGAUAUACGAAGGAGAUCAAACAUACUAUUUGGUAACAGAUUACUUGGAGGGAGCCAGUCUGAGUGAAGAAAUCGAGAGAGCAAAAAAUCUCCCUGAUCGUAGAUUGCCAAUCCAAACUAUUAAAAUAUUAAUGUACAAAUUAUUAUCAAAUUUAGCAUUGCUACAUGAAAAUAAAAUUAUUCACAGAGAUCUCAAACCUGACAAUCUGAUGUUUGCUAAAAAAAAUGACUACUCUUCAUUGGUUCUGGUGGACUUCGGAUUGGCCACUCUAGAAAAUCUUGAAAAGUAUACAAAUCAAGAGAAUAUUAGAUUUCUAUUUCCCAAAUGUGGAACUCCAGGGUACGUGGCUCCAGAAGUUCUUAAUUUAAACCCCGAGAAUAAAUACACUACCAAAGUAGAUAUCUUUAGUAGUGGGUGUAUUCUUUAUAAAUUGUUAACUGGAAAAAGCGUAUUUGGAGGCAAAACAUUUGAUGAUGUGUUGAGAUCAAACAAGAAAUGCUUCAUUGAUUUGGAUCUUCCUCCUGAUCACAUUUAUUUGACAGAUCUUUCUCUUAAUUUAUUGAGUUAAUUAUUAAACAAAAAUGCAAAGUCAAGAAUAACUGCUAGAUAAGCACUUCGACAUCCUUUUUUUGAUUAAAUCAACGAAUAAAGCACUUAAGUGUUGUCCUCUUUUGCAACCAACAUGAAGUUUAGUCAUAAUGGGAACUUAAAUAUAUAAUGUGAAGAAUAGAUGUCCAAAUAUGAAAUAGAAGAGAAUCAGGUAAAUUGUGAAAUGAAGGAAGAGGAAUAGAAUACUAUUUCAAUUCCUGCAACAAAACGAUGCUCUUUAAUGAAUGAGUUCCAAUCUUCGUCUAGGUCUCCAACUAAAUUGUAUUAAAAAGAACCCUCAUCUACAAUAAGGUGCUUUAAACUGUUUGACUUGGCUAGUCCUAGGGGAGAUUCAAAUGAAAUUGAAGGUGAAUGA